AUGGAGUUGAACAUUAUUUUCUUGGAUAUUGACGGAGUGCUAUGUCUUAAUCGACGAAUGAAUCAGGUCUGUCUGGAAAACUUGAAAACUAUCGUUGACAACACAUCUGCUCGCAUCGUUUUAUCAUCCUCAUGGAAAUUAUUUCCAAAGUCACGUAGACAAAUUGAAACAUCAUUUAGAGAGAUUGGAAUCGAUCCGAUCAUCGGAUGGACUUGUACUCGUGGUAAAACCCGAGUAGAUGAAAUAUGUUAUUGGUUAACAAAUUUUGAUAACAAAACUAUCGACGACGAUAUCUUAAUUAAAAAUUGGAUUGCGAUUGAUGAUAUGGAUUUAUUGAAAUUAGAUCCGAAGCGAAUGCAAGAUCAUUUUGUUUUGACAAGCGAAGAACAUGGAAUCACGAAAGAAACGGUUCAAGAAGCUAUCCGAUUAUUUUCUGAAAGAACUGAAGGUUUUUAG